AUGGAGAUGCAGCCGCUGAAUAUCGGGGCGAGCUCUACAGACAACAGUGACAUUCAGAAACCGACGACAGAGAUCUCGAAUGUCGAGACCAGCUCAAGGAUUUACCAAGAUGAUGCCUCAACUCUCAGACGUCUCUUUUCUUCGACUCAACUCCUCACAUUCGCACUCUGCUUUAUGUCGAGCUGGGAGGUCAUAGCAAUGAACUUAGGCGCAAGUUUCUAUAAUGGAGGACCACAAGCCCUCGCCUGGGGCAUGCUACUCGUUGUCGGUGGCGCUCUGGCUCUCGCCGCAUCCAUGGCCGAGCUCGCAUCCAUCCAGCCCAUUGCCGGAGCCCAGUACCACUGGACGAAGUUCCUUGUGGCAUCAUCCUCGUCAGCGGAAAAUGAACGGCAGCGUGCAAGACUGCUCACGUGGAUGCAGGGAUGGGUUACAUGGUUCGCUUGGGUAUCCUCUCUAGCUGGAUCGACUUCUUCCAUGGCCAAUAUUCUCCUAGGGCUCGUGACCGUCAACCAUCCGGAAUAUGUCUACAAGCCAUGGCACUUGACAUUACUUAUCAUCGCCCAGCUUUUCGUGGUUGGACUGAUAAACAUUUUUGCAUUCCGGUCCGUUCCAUGGCUGGAGACAAUUGGCGGCGCUCUUCAUGUCAUCAUCUGGUUCAUCUUCAUCGUGGUCUUCGCGAUUCAUGGAGGCAGGAGUGACGCCAGGUUCGUCUUCUUUGAGAGAAGCUCUACGUCCGGUUGGACGAAUGGAGUGGUCUCCUGGAACUUGGGCCUUCUCGUCACAUCUUGGGGCUUUGUUGGCUUUGAUGGAGUAGUUCAUAUGAGCGAGGAGGUCCGCCGGGCAAAGCAUGCGGUACCAAGGGCAAUGAUCUGGACCAUUGUUCUGAACGGCAUACAGGCCUACGGCAUCAUGUUGGUUUUACUCUUUGCAAUGGGUGACGACGCCACAGAAACCCUGAAGUCUCCGUACCCCAUAAUCCCACUUUGUUUCGGUGCGGUUGGGCAACGAGGCGGAACGGCAAUGGUGAUCAGCCUUCUGGUCAUUACGUUCUGUGUGGUGGCUGGAUCUCUGGCUUCAGUAUCGCGCAUCACCUGGGCUUGGGCUAGAGAUCGCGGCCUGCCAGCUUGGUUUGCAAAAGUCGACCCAGUCCACCGAGUUCCGAUUCGCUCAACUUUGUUACCAAUAGCCAUCGUCAGCUGCCUUGCGCUCUUUACCGUGGGAAACACAGCGACAUCAACCAUCUUUUCGGCAUUCACAUCUCUGAGUAUGCUCGGUCUGUAUAGCUCGUACAUCAUUGCAAUCGGCUGUAUGAUUCAUGCACGGCUGUCGGGACGAAUUGGAAAAGGGCCACGACACCCUGUGCAGUUCGGCAAUUGGACUUUACCAUCUGGAAUUGGCUUGCCCCUCAACAUCUAUGCUCUCGUAUGGUCGAUUUAUGUGACGAUCUGGCUGCCGUUCCCAACUACGAUACCAGUCACUGGAGCCAAUAUGAACUACGCUGGUCCAAUUUAUGCUGUAAUAAUUAUAGGUUCUAUUAUGUACUGGAUUCUAUGGGGCAAAGCCAAGUGGCCUGGACUGGACAACAAGGCCAUUGAGAUGGUGGAAGCACACGACUGA